AUGGAACUUGAAAGAAGAAAGACCAAGAAGUAUACUUUCAAGAGUUUAAAGGUAGAAGAGUUGAGAAAGCUAGGAUCCUUGAUUGUUGAUCAAGAUAAGUUCUGUAACAAGUAUGGAAGGAUAUUGUAUCUCCUCAAAACAAAUAUGAAGGAAGGAAUUCUCUCUACAUUUAUCCAAUUAUAUGAUCCCUUGUAUCAUUGUUUCACCUUUCCUGAUUAUCAACUAUUGCCAACAUUGGAAGAAUAUUCAAGUAUCACAGGGUUGCCCAUUACUGGAAGGAUUCCCUUUACUGGGUUAGAAGAAGAUCCCAAGUCUCAUGACAUUGCAAAGUUUACCCACUUAAAGAAGGAUGAGAUUGAGAAGAAUAUGGUUACCAAAGGAGGAUUAGUUGGACUACCUGCUCUGUUUUUAAUAGAGAAAGCUAUCUCCUCGUCACAAGAAAGAAAGGAAGAUGACUUUGAAGCUGUCUUUUCCUUUCUUGUAUAUGGAUUGUUCUUGUUCCCAAAUAUUGACAACUUUGUUGAUAUGAAUGCCAGCAAGAUCUUUAUGAAAGGAAACCCUAUUCCUACCUUGCUAGGGGACACUUACUACUUCACCCAUUUGAGGAAUUCCUAUGGAAAGAGAAUGAUUACUUACUGUACUCCUUUGCUAUACAAGUGGUACAUCUCUCAUUUUCCAAAUACCAGUGAUUUUUGGAACCUCCAAGAAGGACAAAGAUGGUCACAAAAGAUUAUGACUCUCACCAACACUGAUAUUGAUUGGACCAACAACUACUUUUGUAGGAUGAAGACUUUGGAUAGUUGUGGUGAUUUCCCUAAUGUGCCCCUUCUUGGUACAAAAAGAGGAAUCAGUUAUAACCCUGUGUUAGCUCGUCGUCAAUUUGGGUUACCUAUGGACAAAAGACCAAGGAAUAUCUUAUUGGAUGGAUUUUUCCUCGAGGAGGGAAUUGCAAACAAAUAG